AUGCCGACGACGUCCUCCGCGUCGUCGCCGCGGCCACCGCCGCGCGUCUUCGACGGCGCGGUCAAGACGGACGCGUCGUCGCGACCGACCGCCGCGGCGUCGUCGUCGAGCGAUCGUCGCGUCGUCUUCGGAACGUUAUCCUCCGCGCGCGCGCGCGCGCCUCGCGCGGCCGCGCGCCUCGCGCCGCCGCGGCGUCGCCCCGCGACGUCGUCGUCCGCGACAAAAUCCGCGCUCUUCGCCCCCGACGCGGCCGUGGACGUCAACGGCGUCGACCUCGACGCCUUCGAGCGCUUCGUGUGCGAGAUGCAAACCUCAGUGUGCGCGGACCUGGAAGCCAUCGACGGCUCCGACGCCGCGCGGUUCACGACCGACGCGUGGACGCGCGACGGCGCCGGAUCCGGCUUCGGCGUGACGCGCGUGCUCGAGGGCGGCGACGUGUUCGAGAAGGCGGCCGCGAACGUGAGCAUCAUACGAGGCGAGCUGUCUCCGGCGCGCGCGGCGGCGAUGAGGCGCGUCCACAUCGAUCCCGCGGGGGGCCAGAAAUACGCCGCCGCCGCGCUGUCGCUCGUGUUCCACCCAACGUCGCCGAUGGUCCCAACGUUCCGCGCGGACGUCCGGCGGUUCGCGGUCGAGGGCGCGGGCGACGGGUGGUACGGCGGCGGCGCGGACCUCACGCCGUACUACCUCUACGAAGACGACGCGCGCGAGUUCCACGCGAGCUGGAGGGAGCUGUGCGACGCGCACGACCCGAGCACCGGGGGGCUGGGUGGGGCGCUGCACGCGCGGUGUAAGCGGUGGUGCGACGAGUACUUUUACAUCCCCGCGCGCGGGGAGCACAGGGGCGUGGGGGGCAUCUUUUUCGACGACAUGGAGGCGGGCGGUUCGCCGGAAUCGGACGCAGACCCCGAGGCGUUCACGCGCGCGGUCGCGAAGAACUGGAUCGCGUCCUACGCGCCCAUCGUGAAACGGCGACGCGGGGAGCGUUACGGCGACGUCGAGGAGCGGUGGCAUCAUCAGCGGAGAGGGCGGUACGUCGAGUUUAACCUCCUGUACGACCGCGGCGUGAAGUUCGGUUUGGACGGCGGACGAGUGGAGAGCAUCAUGGUCUCCGCGCCGCCGCGCGUGCGGUGGGAUUACAACGUGGCGCCGGAGAAAGGGUCGAGGGAGGAGAAUCUCGUGGAGGUUUUGCGGAACCCGCGGUGCUGGUAG